AUGAGCUCUCACCCUCGGAGAGAAAGAAGGGGUUGGUCCAGGGUUCCAUCUCAAGUUUUUACUCGUCAAGAAUGGGUCCCCAGAGGGAGUGUUGCAUCCACCCCUGUUGCUCAGCCAUCAAAUUUGCAUCUAAGUAACAAUGCCGAUGUCGGUUCUUCCAAUCAAGGGUUGGUUGUUGCUGCUAUGCCUGUUAUUCGCCAUAGAAGCAAUAAUCAUGGGGAUGAUGUUGGUUUAUUCAGUCAAGAGGUGGCCAUUGUUGCUCCGCCAGUAUGCAAAAAUCAUGGGAAUGGUGUUGGUUCUUCCAGUCAAGGGGUGGCUGUUGCUGCUCUGACGGUGACUCACCAUAGAAGCAAUAAUCAUGGGAACGAUGUUGGUUUUUCCAGUCAAGGGGUGGUUGUUGAUACUCUGCCGGUGACUCAUCAUCUAAGCAAUAAUCAUGGGAACGAUGCUGGUUCUUACUGUCGGGUAGUCGAUACUGCUCCGUUGGUGACUCGCUACAGAAGCAACAAUCAUGGGAAUGGUUCUUCCAAUCAAGGGGUGGUUGUUACUGGUCCCUUGAUGACUCACCAUGGAAUCAACAAUCGUGGGAAUGAUGUUGGUUUUUCCAAUCAAGGAGUAGUUGAUCCUCUGCCUGCAGGUCGAGGUAGAAGCAAUAAUCAUGGGAAUCAUAAGAUGGAAAAGGAAAGGGGUAGGGGGAGGAGUAGUGGUUAUCAAGUGGGGAAGGGAUUGGGAGUGGGAUUCAGAGACUCUAGUUUGCCUCAACUGGUGCAAGAGAUUCAGGAGAAGCUCUUGAAAGGUACUGUAGAGUGCUUGAUUUGCUUUGAAAUGAUCCAGAGGUCAGCUUCAGUUUGGUCUUGCUCGAGUUGCUACACUAUCUUUCACGUGACUUGCAUCAAGAAAUGGGCCAAGGCACCUAUUGCGAUUGAUUUGUCUGUCUCCGUGGAGAAGAAUCAAGAACCUAAUUGGCGUUGUCCUGGUUGCCAGUCUGUGAAAUUUACCCCUUCAAAGGAGAUUAAGUAUGCUUGCUUUUGUGGGAAGAGGAUAGACCCUCCAUCUGAUUUGUAUCUAAUACCACAUUCAUGUGGGGAACCUUGCGGGAAGCGUCUUGAGAGGGAGAUCUUGGUUGCUGGAGGGAAUAGGGAUGAUCUUUGCCCUCAUACUUGCGUCUUGCAAUGCCAUCCAGGACCAUGCCCUACCUGUAAAGCAUUUGCUCCCCCGCGGUUGUGCCCUUGUGGGAAGAAAAAUAUUACCACCCGUUGCUCUGAUCAACAGUCCGAUCUUACCUGUGGACAGUGUUGUGGUAAACUUCUAGAAUGUGGGCGCCAUCACUGUGAACGAAUUUGUCACCUGGGUCCGUGUGAUCCUUGUCAGGUUUUAAUCAAUGGCUCUUGCUUUUGUGGUAAAAGAACCGAUGCUAUGACUUGUGGGGACAUGGCUGUGAAGGGUGAAAUUGAAGCAAACGGUGGGUUUUUUUCUUGUGGUUCCUAUUGUCCAAAGAAACUUGGUUGUGGUAAUCAUGUCUGUGGAGAGAUUUGUCAUCCGAGCAGCUGUAGGGAAUGUGAAUCUUUACCUAGCCGAGUUAAGACAUGUUACUGUGGGAAAACAAGGUUGGAGAAUGAACGCCUAAGUUGUUUGGAUCCAAUACCAACCUGCUCUCAAGUAUGUGGCAAGAUCCUUCAUUGUGGCCUGCAUCGUUGUACAACAGCAUGUCAUUUUGGGGAGUGUCCACCUUGUUCUGUUCAAGUUUCACAGAAGUGUCGCUGUGGCACAACUUCCCGAACUGUGGAGUGUUACAAGACUAAGAUGGAAAAUGAGAACUUCAUGUGUGAAAAGUCUUGUGGGAGAAAAAAGAACUGUGGAAGGCAUCGGUGUAGUGACAAGUGUUGUCCAUUUACUAAGCCAAAUAGUAAUGAUAAUAAUAUUACUGGGGAUUGGGUUCCUCACUUUUGUUCAAUGACAUGUGGAAAGAAGCUAAGGUGUGGCCAACAUUUGUGUGCAUGUCUGUGUCACAGUGGUCAUUGUCCACCUUGUUUUGAAUCAAUCUUUACCGAAUUGACUUGUGCUUGUGGUAGGACUUCAUUAUCUCCACCUCUACCUUGUGGUACACUGCCUCCAUCAUGUCAGCUUCCGUGCUUAGUUCCUCAGCCAUGUGGCCAUUCAGGUUCACACAAUUGCCAUUUUGGAGACUGCCCUCCUUGUUCAGUGCCUGUAGCAAAAGAAUGUGUUGGGGAACACGUAGUUCUUAGGAACAUACCGUGUGGUUCUAAGGAAAUUAGAUGCAAUCAUCCUUGUGGGAAGACCAGGCAGUGUGGUUUACAUGCGUGUGGCAGAACAUGUCACCCCCCACCAUGUGAUAAUUUAUCUGGGAUUGUGCAAGCUUUCAAAGUGCCAUGUGGCCAAACAUGUGGUGCUCCAAGAAGAAGCUGUCAGCACACGUGUAUGGCUCCUUGUCACCCUUCAUCUCCAUGUCCAGAUAUAAGAUGUGAGUUCCCUGUUACAAUCACUUGCUCUUGUGGUAAUAUAAUCGCAAAUGUUCCUUGUGAUGCUGGUGGUAGCAGUAGCAAUUAUAAUGCUGAUGCCAUACAUGAAGCUUCCAUUAUUCAAACAUUGCCAGUACCACUUCAACCAGUCGAUGCAAAUGACAAGAAAGUUCCCCUUGGACAAAGAAUGUUGAUGUGUGAUGUUGAAUGUGCUAAGCUGGAACGCAAAAGGGUUCUCGCAGAUGCUUUUGACAUUACUGCUCCAAAUCUGGAUUCUCUACAUUUUGGCGUGAAUUCUCUUUCUUCUGAAUUGCUUCUGGAUAUUUUCAGGCGUGAGCCAAAAUGGGUUUUAGCUGUUGAAGAGAGGUGCAAAAUUUUAGUACUAGGAAAGACUAGAGGAAUUACACAUGGUUUAAAAGUGCAUGUCUUUUGUCCUAUGACAAAGGCCAAAAGAGAUGUAGUGAGGUCGAUUGCUGAAAGAUGGAGGCUUGCAGUCAAUGCUGCAGGCUGGGAGCCAAAGCGGUUUAUUGUAAUUUCUGUCACCUCAAAAUCAAAGACCCCAGCUCGACUGAUAGGGAUUAAGGGCACCACAACAUUAAAUGCACCCCUUCCUUCUGUAUUGGAUCCAUUGGUUGAUAUGGACCCUUGGCUUGUUGUCUUGUUUCCAGACUUACCAAGGGAUGCUGAUAUUAGUGCACUGGUGUUGAGGUUUGGUGGUGAGUGCGAGCUUGUUUGGUUAAAUGACAAGAAUGCUUUGGCUGUUUUUCAUGAUCCUGCCCGAGCUGCAACUGCAAUGAGGAGGUUGGAUCACGCAACAGUUUAUCAGGGAGCUAUUUUGGUUGCCCCGGUUGUUGGGGCAUCGACGGGAUCUUCAACUAUCAAUGCCUGGGGAACAGUUGAGGCAAUGAAAGAAGGAGGAGCGCUGCCAGCAUUGAAAGGCAAUUCAUGGAAAAAGGUUGUGGUUCAAGACCCUGGUUGGAAAGAUUCAUGGGGCAAUGAAGAGUGGAGCAUUGGUUCUAUGAAUGUUCAAACAUCUGUUUGGAAUAAAGAAGCGCCUAUAGUUGCUGCUUCAAAUCGUUGGAAUGUAUUGGACCAGGACUCGGCUUCAAGUUCAUCUCGUACAAGAACUGACUCUUCCAGGAAGCAAACUGAAACUAGUUCUGUCUCAACGUUGGUGUCUACUGCAGGUGCCUCAAACGAAGUAGAAAACUGGGAUGUAGCAGAAGGUAGUUGA